AUGACGACAAAGAACGCUCAGCAGCAUAAACCCUACACCAAUGGCUUUCACACCAAUGGGUUCCCAUCGACGACCAGCUUCCCCCUCGAUCCUCUUACCACGGAUGAGAUUGAAGCGGCGGUUCAUAUUGUCCGCAAGGAGCAUCCAGACGUCCAUUUCAAUGCGGUCACGUUACACGAACCUCCAAAGGACGACCUGACCCGGUAUAUGGCUUCGCCAGAGACUGAGCCAUGCCCGCAUCGUAUCGCAGACAUCGUUGCCAUCGGCAAAGGCAGCAAAGUGUUCGAUGGACUCGUUGACUUGGACAAGCACAAGAUUCUGGAAUGGGAGUUUGCAGAAGGCAAGCAGCCUCUAAUCACCAUGGAAGACCUCCAAGUUGUAGAAGGCUGCGCGCGACGGGAUCCGAAAGUCAUCGAGCAAUGUGGCAUCCUCGGCAUUCCUCCUGAGGACAUGCACAAAGUCUACUGCGACCCCUGGACAAUCGGCUAUGAUGAUCGCUUCGGGUCGAGCGUGCGACUACAACAGGCGUUAAUGUACUACCGCCCGUCUGUGGACGACAGCCAAUACACUUAUCCUCUCGACUUCUGUCCGAUUUUCAAUUCCGACACGCAAGAGAUCGUGCAUAUCGAUGUUCCGGAAGUGCGCAGGCCUUUGAACCAGGCGCCUCCAUCGAAUUACCAUGCGGAAGCAGUCCAGAAAGCGGAGGGCCUCCGCGAAGACCUGAAGCCUCUCAGCAUCUCCCAACCGGAAGGCGUCUCCUUUCGAGUCGAAGGGAGGACGGUCAAGUGGCAAAAUUGGAGUGUACACGUUGGCUUCAACUACCGCGAGGGUAUCGUACUCUCCAACAUUACCUUCAACGACAAGGGAAAUGUCCGGCCCGUCUUCUGGCGCUUGUCACUCGCCGAGAUGGUCGUUCCAUAUGGGAAUCCAGAACGCCCGCAUCAUCGAAAGCAUGCAUUUGAUCUGGGCGAGUAUGGCGGAGGCUACAUGACCAACUCUCUGUCCCUCGGCUGUGACUGCAAGGGCGCCAUCCAUUACAUGGACGCAGCGUUCGUCAACAAGGCCGGGGCAUCACAGACGAUUAAGAAUGCAAUUUGUAUCCAUGAAGAAGACGCCGGCAUUCUCUUCAAACACACCGAUUUUCGUGACGACUCCUGCACCGUCACUCGCGCUCGCAAGCUCAUCAUCAGCCAUGUCUUCACCGCUGCCAACUAUGAGUAUUGCGUCUACUGGAUUUUCCACCAAGACGGCACGGUGCAGCUCGAGAUCAAGCUGACGGGCAUCUUGAAUACUUACGCUAUGGGUCCGGGCGAGUCGGCUGCGCCAUGGGGAACGGAGGUGUACCCUGGCGUCAACGCCCACAACCACCAGCAUCUUUUCUGCCUCCGCAUCGAUCCGAAUGUCGAUGGUCCGCAAAACACCGUCUUCCAAGUGGAUGCUGUGCCGAGCGAAGCCGCGCUCGGCAGCGAUGAGAACUACUACGGAAAUGCGUUUUACGCCAAGAAGACGAAACUUGACACCAUGAGUACUGGCAGAAGUGACUACAACGCCACCACCAGCAGGACUUGGGAUAUCAGCAACACGAACAAGCUGAACCCCUACAGCCACAAACCCGUCACCUACAAGCUAGUGAGUCGCGAAGUCCCCCGCCUACUACCCAAGGAGAACAGCCUCGUCUGGAAGCGGGCUGGAUUCGCUCGUCAUGCUGUACAUGUGACUAAGUACUCUGACGAUCAAAUCUACCCCGCUGGCCGACACGUUCCCCAGACCUCCGGGGAGCCGUCCGAGGGCAUUCCGGCGUGGAUUGCAGCCGACCCCGAUGGCAGUCUUGACAACACCGACAUUGUCCUCUGGCAUACGUUCGGCCUCGUCCACUUUCCUGCCCCGGAAGACUACCCAGUCAUGCCCGCAGAGCCAAUGAGCGUCCUCUUGCGCCCACGCAAUUUCUUCACGUCCAAUCCGUGUAUGGACGUUCCGCCGUCGUUUUCCAGCACUCCAAGCCAGGUUGCCGCCGGGACCAACGGGUGCCACAAGAUGGAGGAUACUGUGAGUCGAGUGGUGUGA